AUGGCUUCUGAGUUUUUUCGGCCAACAUGGGCGUGGGCCUCGGGAACGGAGACACGGCGGGAUGAUGGGUACGGCACUCCGUCAACUGACGGACCAACGGCCGAUACAGCCGGCGCCUCGGAGACGACUUCUUCUUCUCCUGGCCCAACGCCGACGCGGAACCAACGGCACUACAAGCCCCGGACCUGCCGGAUCUGCCUCGAGGUCGUCAAUCCGAGCACGGAGAUCGACGACUCGCUCGCGGGGCGCGUCUUCUCCUCCCGGGCCCGCGUGCGCUACGUCUCGGAGGACCCGGAGCUGGGCCGGCUGCUCAGCCCCUGCAAAUGCAAGGGCUCGCAGAAGUACGUCCACGAGGGAUGUCUGCGGGCAUGGCGGAACGCGGCGCCGCUCUCGGACCGCAACUACUGGCGGUGCCCGACCUGCCAGUUCGAGUACCGGCUGGAGCGGCUGCGAUGGAGCCGCUGGAUCUCUAGCAAGCUCCUCCGAGCCGCGCUGACCUUCGUCAUCAUGGUCGUCACCAUCUUUGUCCUCGGAUUCAUCGCGGAUCCUAUCAUCGACUUCUGGGUUGAUCCGUUGGGCAGUAUUGCUGAGACCCUGUUCGACGGCCUCGACCUCGAGCUUGACGAGCCGGUUCUGGCCGAUUACGAGACCUCCUCAUGGUCUAUCCAUUUUCUGAAAGGCUUCCUUUCUCUGGGGCUUCUUGGCUUUCUCAAGUCCAUGUUCAUAUUGUCGCCGUGGAACUGGUUCAACAUUAGGCUGGGCGGAGGCCGUGGUCGCAGACGAGACAGGAUGCAACAGGUCAAUUGGGCGCUCGUUGUCAUCGGAGUGGUCACGUUCUUGGGGGCGACUUGGAAGUUUGUCAGCCACAUCUGUGCCAAAACGCUCGAGAAGGCCAGUGACCGUGUGAUGGACGUCCAAGAAGAUGGUCCGGAUGAAGACGACGAGGACGAGGGUCCAGCACCUCGGCCCGAGUCCGAAGAGUCGAGGAAGAAUAAGUAG